AUGAUGAUGACGAUGACUGGCCGUGUGCUGCUGGUGUGUGCCCUCUGCGUGCUGUGGUGCGGUGCCGGCGGUGGUGGAUGUUCUGAAACACCUUCGGUUAUUUCGGGUAAUGCGUCCGACGAGAACACUCAAAAAGAGAAAGAAAUGACCGUCGUUGGCGGUGAAGAAGGUGAACAAGAAAGUAAACAGGCAGCGCCACAAGCAACGUCGUCACCAACGGGGUCAGGAUUACGGGGAGUGCCAGUGAAUCCGCCACAGACAACACAACCCGGAGGAGAAGCAUCAGAUCCGGCAAAUACAACGAAGGACAACAAGGAUCAAAAUAAAAAAGAUAAAAAGGAGGAAAAAGAAGAGAAGAAGGAAAACCAAGAUGAAGAAGAAGAUGAUAAGAAUGAAGAGGAAGGGAAGGAUGAAGACAAGGAUGAUGUCAAGGAGGAGGAUGGAGAAGAGGAAAAAAAGGAAGAAGAUGAGGAAGAAGAUUAUAUCAGCACCACAAUGGGGAUGUCAGCAGGCAAUCAAGAGCAGCCAAUUUUAUCUUCUCGUGUGGAAGAAGCAUCGAACAAAACAAAACCCCAAAGCACUCAAACAACUGGCGACAAAGACCCAACUACUGAUGGUGCAGGGACACAAGAAGAAAAACAAAAUGAAAAUAAAGAAACCAAUCCGAAGGAAAAAGCAGUCGAAGCCACAGCCAUGAAAACUACAGCGGCGACGACUGGCGACAGUGACGGCAGCACCGCGGUCUCCCACACCACCUCCCCUCUUUUGCUUCCUCUUCUUGUUGCGUGUGCUGCUGCGGUGGUGGCCGCGUGA